UCGGUGUAAACAGGAAGAAUCUGCGGAAACUAGGGCUAAUCUAAAAUACUAGUAGAGAUAUUCACAGGAACAAAUAUAUACUUUAUUAAUCGUAAAUGUAUUUUUUUUGUUGCGCACAAGUAUGUCAACAAAUAUGCAAUAUGACAUAAUAUUAUUCUAAAUUAAGUAUUUUUGCACAGCGGAAGGCAGCAUUGCUAGCAACGUUAGCCAACGAGCAAGCUAACGUUACCUAUUCAUAUUUUGACAGAUUGGUAACUGAAGCUAGCUAACAUCUAGCUGUCUUUUCGUUUUACUAGAAACUUGUUUGCGUGAAUCUAAUUUGGACGGACAAGUCGAACAAUAUUUGUUGUGUUCUGCGGCCUGUGAGCAUAUCCUCCAAUUCCUCGCUAUCACCGGAGUUUCAGAUCAGAUUCCCCUCUUGUUCAAUUUUUUUUUCCUCUCAACCCUGUCUGGUGCUAGCUACGAGAACAGACCGUCUGUAGAAAUGGUUCAGAAAGACACACCGGUGGUGGAUACGUCUCAAGCGGAGACUGAAGCGAGCCCAUGUUCGGGGCCAUCUAAGGCUGGUUCCGAAGCAUCUGGCCUCGUGGAAGAACCGAUAAACAUAGAGGUGGAGCUGUCGGGCCGCAGGAAAUUCAUCAGUGGAGUCGUGGAGGGCUUCUACGGCCGGCCAUGGACAAUGGAACAAAGGAAAGAGCUGUUCAGGAGACAGCAGAAAUGGGGCUUGAACACAUACCUCUACGCUCCUAAAGAUGACUACAAGCACAGGAUGUUCUGGAGAGAGAUGUACUCAGUAGAAGAAGCAGAACAGCUGAUUACCCUGAUCAGUGCUGCAAAGGAGUAUGGGAUUGAGUUCAUCUAUGCCAUCUCCCCGGGCCUCGACAUCACCUUCUCCAACCAGAAAGAAGUGUCCACACUCAAAAGGAAACUCGACCAGGUGACUCACUUUGGCUGCAAGUCAUUUGCCUUACUGUUUGACGACAUUGACCACAACAUGUGCCCCGCCGACAAGGAAGUGUUCAGCUCCUUCGCCCAUGCCCAGGUGUCCAUCACCAAUGAGAUCUUUCAGUACCUGGGAGAGCCUGAGACCUUUCUCUUCUGCCCCACAGAGUACUGUGGAACAUUCUGCUACCCCAAUGUUGCCCAGUCCCCCUACCUGCACACAGUAGGAGAGAAGCUGCUGCCUGGUAUUGAAGUGCUGUGGACAGGUCCUAAGGUGGUAUCGAAAGACAUCACAGUGGAAUCAAUAGAGGAGGUCUCUAAGAUCCUGAAGAGAGCUCCGGUAAUCUGGGACAACAUCCAUGCCAACGACUACGACCAGAAGCGUCUGUUCCUGGGGCCGUACAAGGGGCGCUCCACGGAGCUCAUCCCCCGCCUAAAAGGGGUUCUCACCAACCCCAACUGUGAGUUCGAGUCCAACUUCGUAGCCAUCCACACCCUGGCCACCUGGUACAAGUCCAACAUGAACGGAGUGCGCAAGGAUGUCGCCAUGACGGAUGGAGAGGACAGUACUGUGUCUAUCCAGAUCAAGCUGGAAAAUGAGGGCAGUGAUGAGGAGUUGGAGACAGACAUGUUGUACAGCCCUCAGCUGGCCCUGAAACUGGCCCUCACAGAGUGGCUGGGGGAGUUUUUAGUGCCUCACCAGUACAACAGUCGCCAGGUACCCCAUAGCGGAGCUAAGAGUUCAGCUAUUAACGUGUCAUCACUAGGCGCCUCCUCCCUCUGCGCUGGUACUACAGUGUUCCAGCAGCCCAUCAUGGCCCCCACAGGUGCCCCCGACCCCAACAAUCACCCCAUGGCCAAGAGUCUGCAACAACAAGAGGUGGAUGUUGAGAAGAAGGAGUCUGACGAAGAGCCCAUGGAGAUGGUUGUGGAGAAACCGUAUGAGACGGACCCAGAGCCAGACCCUGUAGCCGAGGCUGAAACUGAGACCAAGAACAGCCUGGUCCUUUUAGACAAGAUGGUGGAGGAGCUGAAGCCCAUGGACACAGACAGGGAGGUCCUAGUUCCCGAGUCCAAGUCUCCAGAGGAGGACAUUGACAUGGCCCCCAUGCAGACAGACGAACAGCUCAAACAGGAUGUUUUUGUGCUUGGUCCCAAUGAGAAGGUAUUGUACACUGCAGAGUCUCUUUCUUUGGAGGACCUGACCCUGCUGGCUGAGCUCUUCUACCUGCCCUAUGAGUACGGACCCAAGGCCCUGCACAUGCUCAAGGAGUUCAAUUGGCUACGGGCUAACUGCAGCACCGUCGGUGUCGACUGCAAGGACAAGGAGCCAGAGAAGGUAGUGGAGUGGCAGUCCCGGGCGGAGAGGUUUGAGGAGAUGUGUUGCUCGGUCAUCCAGAUGUUCACCAGGCUGUCGAACUCAGCCAACCGCACCAUCCUCUAUGACCUCUACCCCUACAUCUGGGACAUCAAGAGCAUCAUGUCCAUGGUCAAGUCCUUUGUCCAGUGGCUAGGGUGCCGUAGUCAGGCCACUGCACAGUUCCUUAGUGGAGACCAAGAGCCUUGGGCCUUUAGGGGCGGUCUAGCAGGAGAGUUCCAGAGAUUUUUGCCGAUCGACGGGGCAAACGAUCUUUUCUUCCAGCCUCCCCCCGCACUGCCAACAUCCAAAAUCUAUUCCAUCAGGCCCUGCUAUCCUAAAGAUGAGCAUGCAGUGUAUAAAAUCUGCAGAGAGAUGUACUCUGAAGGAGUGGAGGAACUGCCCUUCGGUGGAGAGGAGCCAGACCUCAUAGGAGACAGGUUAGUAGGAGGGUUCCUGAACCUGAGUCCAGACUAUGGGUUUGUCCUGGAGGAUGAGGAGGGGAUCUGUGGUUACGCGCUGGGCACCGUGGACGUCAAGCCCUUCGUCAAGAAGUGUAAGAUGAGCUGGAUCCCCUCCAUGCAGGAGAAAUACAACAAGCCUGACUGCCAGAAGGACCUCUCUGAUGCUGAGAAGAUGAUGUUGAGUUUCCACGAGGAGGAGGAGGGCCUCCCAGAGUCGUUCCUCUCCAACUUCCCUUCCCUCAUUAAGAUGGACAUCCAUGCCAAGGUCAUCGAUCCCAGCGUGGCCAAGAGCAUGAUGGGAUGCCUGCUUUCCUGCCUCAAGGCCAAUGGUUCCAUCGGUGCGUUCUGUGAGGUGCGUCAGGCGGACAAGAGGAUGAUAGACUUCUACAGUAAGCUGGGCUGCUUCGAGGUCGCCAAGAUGGAGGGCUUCCCCAAAAACAUCAUCAUCAUGGGCCGCAGCCUCUGAGGACAAUGACGGCAUCACGGGGCGCCGCUUCUGAGACAGCCUGGCUAGCCAAGCAACCACGGAGCUGUGUAGAGAGCUCCAGUCAUCUGGGCCUAAGGAUAACUGUCUGUUACUUUUACAUACCUACCGAUACUUGACGAUUUUAUACUUCAACCACCAGGACUAGACGAGGCUAGAGGCAUCCCUGUUUUUAGAUAGUGAUCAGAAAUAAAACAGCCUGUACAGAUUCACUGUGCUGCCGCUAGAGGCCCAGAGCUCUGCCGGGAAUGAAACGGAAUCCAAAACUGUAAAGAGCCAAAGUAGUUGUCUGCAGCCCUGUAAAGCCGUAUGUGUUUAUGGUGGACGGUGUCCCCUCUUGUCAUUGGUCUCCACCUGUGGAGUGGCAGUGACUGAUCCCCAUGCGGCUCUAUGAUGUAGGAGCUGGUCAGGUGCCAUCUACUCCCGUUAGCCGUUCAGACCAUGUGACCUGACUGUCAGCAGCCGAAUGGGGGUCUGUGUCUGUCUCUCACAGACAGACAGUCAGGGGGUGUAUUUAGAUACUACUGCAUCUCAAGCUGCGCUCUCUUCUCAAUGUAACACAUAAUUUUGGUCUGGUUGAAGGUAGUGCAGUGUAUAGGGAGUGGUUUGAGACUUGGCCGUAUAUCCUGACACUGCACUUUGGUAUAGGCCUAGCUGACGGGG